AUGUGGCCUUCUGCAGAUGCAGAGGCUUUGAGGUCCUGGGGUCACAGGGAGAGGUCUGAAGGAGAGGAGGACCCACGGCACAGCAGAGACAUCCAGACUGGAGCGUCCCCUGUAGCCAGAGAGGACCCCACCACCACCCCAGCACAGCCAAUGGCCCGACGCAGCAUCACGGAGGAGGAGGAGGGUCCAGAGGUGCUGCUGGUGAAGGAGGGGUGUGAGGAGGGUCUGGGGAACCCCGAGGGGACCAUGGUUAUGGAGGACAACCAGACAACACCUCCUCCUGAACCCACAGAGGAACCAGCUGAGCAGCACAGGACCACACACAGUCUCACUGAGUCAGUAGACAUGGAGGAUGGGAAGCCUGAUCUGCUGCUGGUCAAAGAGGAGACAAUAGAAGACGGACCAGGGAGCAUUGAUCUGCUGAGUGGACUAAAGAUGGGGGAGCAAGGUGGUUGGCAGGAGCCUAACAGAGGAGACUGGGCGGCCAUCUUGGAUUCCCAGACCCAGAUCGGUGCAGCCAAGGUUCCGCAGGACGAUAUCACUGAGCAGGCCAGGAACAGAGGCGACAUAGAGUCUGCAGUCCAUGAAGACCUGCUGAUAUCUGGUGUUACUGGCGGGAGAGACUGGACCUCUGAGGCGGCUGGUCACAAACCCUGGCCCCGGAUCAGGACCAUGGAUCAGGAGCCGUCGCUCUUCCUUCCUGAGUCAGAACCAGGACCCAACUGCGAGGGACAGAGACUCCACCACAACCACUACAUAGAACACAACCAGUGGACUGGUGGACUGAACAACCUCAGUCCUGGUGGUCAUCAGAGAGACAGAGACUCCAGUCAUGGAUCCAGUCUGCAGCCCAGACCCUUCUCUUCACAGUCUCAGUGCAGGGAUGAAGCAGGGCCUGGGGCUGAUAGAGAUAGACCCUCCUGUUCCUAUGAUACAAACACCACAGUAUCCAUGAUGAACAGAGCAGGUCACCCUGGGCAUCAGCCUUCACAGAGAGUGGUGGGAGAGCCCCCUGGUGGGAGUCUAACAGGAAGUCUGUCUUCUCCUUCAGGGUCUUGUCUAAUGCCUAGUGACUGGGUUCAUAGAAGGCCUGGUCAUGGGUCUAGCCUUCCUCAGCUGUCUCAUGGUUACCCCACCAAUACAGACAGGGUCAGGAUGGGCGUUCACCUAGCCUAUAACACAGCACACAAUCCCAACAACACCCAAACAAUGGCUAGAGGUCAAGGAGGGAGCUCAAAUCCUCAGGUGGCUCCUGCUUCUACCUCCUCUGGUGUCAUUGGGUCACAACAUGGGAAGCCGAGCGUUAGGAUGGACACAGACAAGCCAUACGCCUGCCCCACGUGUGGAAAGUGCUUUGCUGAGGUGAAUUAUGUGAAGAUGCACCAGACCGUUCACACCCUUCAAGUGCAAACUAAACUACAAGAGCUUAUCAGACAUAGGAGUGUCCACAACGGGGAGAAAUCGUCAUAGCAGUGUGUCUUCAGAUGUACACAGGGGAUGUCAGGGAACCAUUCUUUAGCUGACAUAUUAUAGUUAUCAUGUGAAGUGUUUUGGGGUAAGAGGGUAAUUAACCACAUACCCCUCAUUAACCCUUUGUUAACUUGACAUUUGAAUCAGGCUUGGGUUAAUACCUGUUUUUAAGAGAUAGUAAACCUAGGCUAGAACAAGGACAGUCCCAGGAGCCUAUAGGCCACUCCCCCCUCAGAUCAGC